GCGUGUCCUCCCAGCAAAGAGAAGAGCCGCAUGGGCACUGCCCCGGCACUUCCCGCGUGGCGGAGAGCGGAGCCGGGUCCGUUCAGCGGGGGAUCAGGGCGGCCACGUGGAAAUCGGAGCCCGCAGUGGUUUAAAGGGACUUCCCUGGGGAGGAGACCGAAGCAGCAGCAGUAACAGCAGCACGAGGAAUCCACUGGAUCACGCUUGGCCACCAAGGGAACCCCCCACCUGGUUCCGCGUGGCGCUUAUUCCAUUGUGCACCAAAUCGCACCCUGAUUUUGGGAGGUUUACUCGUGGGAACUUCGCUGCAGUUUCUUCCUUAAGAAAUCCCUUAAUUGGUGCAUUUUUACCAGAUCUCUUUCCAUUUCCGCCUUAUUUUAAUUUUUUUGUGCGUGCUUUUAAUUGCUCCGCGAUGGCGGCGGAGAAAUUCCCCGGCGCCUCCAACGGGAGCAUCGGGGCUCCGGCGCACGUCGGAGUGGAGGUCCCCGAGGGCGGCGGCAAGAGCAGCCUGGGCGCGUCCCGCCUGCGGAGCUGCCUGCGGGCCAACCUGCUGGUGCUGCUGACGGUGGCCGGGGUGGUGGCGGGCGUGGUGGUGGGGCUCGGGGUGCGGCAGCUGCCGGGCGGCGGGCUGAGCCGCGUGGACAUCCUGCUCUUCUCCUUCCCGGGGGAGCUGCUGCUGCGCUUGCUGAAGAUGAUCAUCUUGCCCCUGGUGGUCUGCAGCCUGGUGGCGGGCGCCGCCAGCCUGGACCCGGCUGCCUUGGGGCGCUUGGGCGGCUGGGCGAUGCUCUUCUUCCUGCUCACCACCCUGCUGGCGUCCUCCAUCGGCGUCGCCCUGGCCUUCAUCAUCAAGCCCGGAGAGGGGGCGUCGGCCCCCAAGCUCUUCGGCGACGAGGCGGCCGUGCCCGAGGCCAAGCAAGUGGUCGACUCCUUCCUCGACCUCAUCAGGAACAUCUUCCCCUCCAACUUGGUGUCAGCUGCAUUCCGAUCGUACGCAACCAGUUAUAAACUGGUGAUAGAGAAGAAGAACAGUACAGGACUCAGCGAGAAUAUCACGUUUGGUGAAAACGCCACAGUUGGUGAAAGCAUCAUAGAGACUAAGAUCCCCACAGGCACAGAGGUGGAAGGGAUGAACAUCCUGGGCCUGGUUGUCUUCGCCAUCGUCUUUGGGAUUGCUCUGCGGAAGCUCGGGCCGGAAGGCGAGAACCUGAUCAAGUUCUUCAACUCCUUCAACGAAGCCACGAUGGUGCUCGUCUCCUGGAUCAUGUGGUAUGCCCCCCUGGGUAUCAUGUUCCUGGUAGCUGGCAAGAUUGUGGAAAUGGAGGACGUGGUUGUCCUGUUCACCAGCCUGGGCAAGUACAUCUGCUGCUGCCUGGUGGGCCAUGCCAUCCACGGCCUCAUCGUCCUGCCAGCCAUCUACUUCCUCUUCACCCGCAAGAAUCCUUACCGGUUCCUUUGGGGCAUCUUCACUGCCCUGGCCACCGCCUUCGGCACUUCCUCCAGCUCUGCCACCCUGCCCCUGAUGAUGAAGUGUGUCGAGGAGAAGAACGGCGUCUCGAAGCACAUCAGCCGCUUCAUCUUGCCCAUUGGGGCCACGGUCAACAUGGACGGGGCUGCCCUCUUCCAGUGCGUGGCUGCUGUCUUCAUCGCCCAGCUCAACAACAAGCCUCUCAACUUCAUCCAAGUCAUCACCAUCCUAAUUACUGCGACGGCGUCCAGCGUCGGAGCUGCUGGGAUUCCUGCGGGUGGCGUCCUCACCCUCGCCAUCAUCUUGGAAGCUGUCGGGCUGCCCACCAACGACAUCUCCCUCAUCCUGGCAGUGGACUGGCUUGUGGAUCGCACCUGCACCGUCCUAAACGUGGAAGGCGAUGCUUUUGGCGCUGGGCUCCUGCAGGUGUACACUGAAAGGACGGAAGGCAAGGCAGAGGCAGAGGAGCUGAUGGAGAUCAAGACGGACGCCGGCAAGGAAGUGGGGGCGGAAGAAGGCUCCCCACUGAUCAAGAGGGACGGGCCUGCCCCCUUGGAGGGCAUCAACUCCUGCGAAAAAGAAUCCGUGAUGUAAAGCAGCCUACGAAGAGGCUAGACUUCGUUUUUUAUAAAGUUAGGGUUCCAUUUUUAAGGACAGCUCCCGAAUCUGCUCCACCUCUGAAAGACUUCUGUUUCCCAUAAGAAGCAAGGGCAGGCGGUUUGGUGAUGGGGAACUUCUUCGAUUUUCACCCAGCACACUCCUUUCCACCUUUUUUUAAUGACUGAUUUUUCACACAGUGCUUUGAAAAUUUCAAACAGGACUUUCCCCCCCUGAAAAAUGUCGCGUUGGGGGGCUUGAUGCUGCCUGGAAAUAGCUCUGCUUGGCUGGAAGCCUCUCCCUCUUUAAGGAGAUGAGGGUGGGGUGUGCUGUUGCUCAGGAGAAAGGGCACUCUGUAUAUUCUCAGAGGCACAAUACUUUGCACGUUCCAGGCUGAACCCUUAAGUUUUUAACUCUGCAACGUGGAAACUGGUAGCAGUGACUCUGGAGGUCUCUUAAUAUCACUCUUUUCCUUCUUCCAGAUCUCUAGCUACCUUUGCUGCUUUAUUUUAUUUUAUUUUAUUUUGUGUUUUGGACCAAGCAAGGGGGGUGGGUGUUGUCCUUUCCGUGUCUAGUAUCUUUUGACUCCCUCCCAUUGUCGUCACCCCCCCUUUUUAGUUACAUUUCAUUGCAGGAAGAGGAAGCAGUCUGCUUUAUUUCCGGACAGAUUUAUUCUCCCCUGGCCCACCCCACAAUUCAAUAACUUGAGCAGUGAACCGCUUGAAUACCUAU